AGCAACUUAUGGGCGGGACCAGUGCCCGCAGCGGAUUUCCUGCAGUUUUCUCUCUUACAUCUCUUGGGUCGCAUUUAAUAAAUACAUUUUUUUUUAAAUCUAUCUUGUUUUGCAUAUUCUAGUGCUUAAACAAUUUUGGCCAUCUUGUGUAUUCAUCUUUCGCCGUUGUCGCUGCUCCCGCCCCAUUCCUCCUGCCUUCCUAGUCACCCUGCCUCGCCCAAGCUUAUCUGGUUGGCUUGAAAAGUGAGCGCACAGCAGGAAAAAUGCCGGCCGUAUCAAAGGGAGACGGGAUGCGAGGGCUUGCGGUGUUCAUCUCUGACAUCAGGAAUUGUAAAAGUAAAGAGGCUGAAAUUAAAAGAAUUAACAAGGAGCUGGCCAAUAUCAGAUCAAAGUUUAAGGGAGACAAAGCAUUGGAUGGUUAUAGUAAGAAGAAAUAUGUUUGCAAACUCCUCUUCAUCUUCCUGCUGGGGCAUGACAUUGACUUUGGACAUAUGGAGGCAGUGAAUCUCCUGAGCUCAAACAAGUAUACAGAAAAGCAAAUUGGCUACCUUUUCAUCUCAGUCCUUGUUAAUUCUAAUAGUGAACUUAUUCGCCUUAUUAACAAUGCUAUAAAAAAUGACCUCGCCAGCCGCAACCCUACUUUCAUGUGCCUGGCUCUACACUGCAUUGCGAAUGUAGGCAGCAGAGAAAUGGCAGAGGCCUUUGCUUCAGAGAUUCCGAGGAUUCUAGUUGCAGGAGAUACCAUGGAUAGUGUGAAACAGAGCGCUGCCCUAUGCUUGUUAAGACUUUACAAGACCUCACCUGACCUUGUGCCUAUGGGGGAAUGGACUUCACGGGUGGUUCACCUUCUUAAUGACCAACAUAUGGGAGUGGUGACGGCAGCUGUCAGUCUUAUUACCUGCCUCUGUAGGAAAAACCCUGAUGACUUCAAAACCUGUGUAUCACUAGCAGUAUCCAGGCUCAGCAGGAUUGUCUCUUCAGCAUCAACUGAUCUGCAGGAUUAUACUUAUUACUUUGUGCCAGCUCCAUGGCUAUCUGUAAAGCUCUUGCGCCUUCUUCAGUGCUAUCCUCCUCCAGAAGAUGCUGCUGUGAAAGGUCGUUUGGUGGAAUGUUUAGAAACUAUCUUAAACAAAGCACAGGAGCCUCCUAAGUCCAAAAAGGUGCAACAUUCCAAUGCUAAAAAUGCUAUACUGUUUGAAGCUAUCAGCCUAAUUAUCCACUAUGACAGUGAGCCCAACUUGUUGGUAAGAGCCUGUAACCAGUUGGGCCAGUUCUUGCAGCACCGAGAGACCAAUCUCCGUUACCUUGCUCUGGAAAGUAUGUGCACACUGGCCAGCUCUGAAUUUUCCCAUGAGGCAGUGAAAACACACAUUGAGACAGUCAUCAAUGCAUUAAAGACUGAGAGAGAUGUUAGUGUCAGACAACGGGCCGCUGACCUCCUGUAUGCAAUGUGUGACCGUACAAAUGCAAAGCAAAUUGUGGCUGAAAUGCUGAGCUACCUGGAAACAGCGGACUACUCCAUUCGAGAGGAAAUGGUACUAAAAGUAGCUGUCUUAGCUGAGAAAUAUGCAGUGGAUUACAGCUGGUACGUGGAUACUAUUCUAAACCUAAUCCGCAUUGCUGGAGAUUAUGUCAGCGAAGAGGUCUGGUAUCGUGUCAUCCAGAUAGUCAUUAACCGAGAUGAUGUCCAAGGCUAUGCGGCUAAAACUGUAUUUGAGGCAUUGCAGGCCCCAGCUUGCCAUGAGAACAUGGUGAAAGUGGGGGGUUACAUCCUUGGCGAGUUUGGAAAUCUCAUUGCAGGAGACCCCAGAUCCAGUCCUCUAGUACAGUUCAACCUGCUGCACUCCAAGUUCCAUCUAUGCAGUGUAUCUACAAGAGCCCUCCUACUCUCCACCUAUAUCAAAUUCAUCAACCUCUUCCCUGAGACGAAACCCACUAUCCAAGAUGUGCUUCGUUCCGACAGCCAGAUCAGAAAUGCCGACGUGGAGUUGCAGCAGCGAGCUGUUGAGUAUCUGAAACUCAGCUCUAUCGCCAGUACUGACGUCCUUGCGACAGUUCUAGAAGAAAUGCCCCCGUUCCCUGAGCGAGAAUCCUCAAUCCUUGCCAAACUAAAGAAAAAGAAAGGACCUGGUGCAGUUAAUGAGCUGGAGGAAGGAAAAAAAGACCAGAACUCUGAAAUUAAUGGUGGCGUAGAACCUACACCCAGUACUGCGUCCACGCCAUCACCAUCAGCUGACCUUCUUGGUUUUAAAGCAGCCCCUGUGACUGGAUCAGCUGCACCAAGUUCCGGCAACCUGUUGGUCGAUGUUUUUUCAGACACGCCUUCUUCCACAGUCUCUGUAGCGCCCGGUGCUGAAGAUAACUUUUUAAGCUCUGGUACUGCUGUUUCCGAGGAUCCUGCUUUGCCUAUUGCUGAGGCUGAUGACCUCCUAAACAAGUUUGUGUGUAAGAACAAUGGAGUCCUGUUUGAGAACCAGCUUUUGCAAAUUGGGGUUAAGUCGGAAUUCCGCCAAAAUUUGGGACGCAUGUAUCUGUUUUAUGGGAACAAAACUUCAGUCCAAUUCCAUAGCUUUACGUCAACUGUUUCAUAUCCGGGAGACUUGCAGAAUCAGCUUAAUAUUCAGACAAAGCCAGUUGACCCAGUUGUUGAAGGGGGAGCUCAGGUUCAACAGGUGUUAAAUAUUGAAUGUUUGACUGACUUUAAUGAAGCACCUCUUAUUAACCUAAAAUUCAGGUAUGGAGGAACUUUACAAAACAUUACUCUGAAACUACCAAUUACUAUCAAUAAAUUCUUCCAAGCCACAGAAAUGCCUUCCCAAGAUUUUUUUCAGCGAUGGAAGCAACUUAGUCUCCCGCAGCAAGAAGCACAAAAGAUCUUUAAAGCCAGCCAUCCCAUGGACUCUGAAGUUACAAAAGCAAAGUUGCUUGGUUUUGGCUCAGCACUGUUAGAGAAUGUAGAUCCAAAUCCAGAUAACUAUGUGGGCGCUGGGAUCAUUCAAACGAAAUCAGUGCAAGUCGGCUGUCUGCUGCGUCUAGAACCCAAUAUUCAAGCCCAGAUGUACAGACUUACGUUAAGAACCAGCAAAGAAACCGUCUCCAAGCACCUUUGUGAGCUCCUAUCCAAGCAGUUUUAAGCCAACUUGAAUGUGUAAUGAAGGCUGUAAAGAAACAAAGAAGAAAAACACUACAAGGAGGGUUUAACUUGCAUCAAGCAAAUGUGUGCAUCUGUGUGCAUGUGACAGCAAGGGUGGGCUGAUUAAUGCCCCAUCUAUGCAGAUUGUCUUAUUUUGUGUGUGUGUUCUGCGUCCAGUAAUGUCCAAGAGACUUGUAAAACAAGCAAAAGACAAGACUAACUAUUAAUAUUCUUAUUGUAAUAAGAUAUGUGGUCGUUUUACUAGAUUUUGUUGUUCUUGCUGUGAGUAUAAAGUAACUACUCUGAAAGGGAUAUUUAAAGCAGAACACCCCCGAAUUAUGAACACAGAGUGCCACCCUCCAUGCUGCCUCUGGUUGGUAUACAGAUAAGGAUUCAAAUAUCUGUUCACGCUGGCCCAAAUGCAUAUCAUAUUUUGCACCAGGGGAAAUGCUGCUUAUUAGAACAAUGUUGGAUUAUAGAUGAGGGAAACAAAAGCUGUAGUAUUGAAUUUUUUUCUUUCAUUUUCUUUCUCCCUUGUGAUUAUUCACAUCACUGCAAGAGGAACAGCAAUUUACUUCUAAUAGUUAAAUGGCAUUUCAGCAGCUAAGGUAUUAGACACCGUGAUGGCAAAAUAAAUCUUAGGUGAACAUUAGUUCAUCAAGGUUUGCAGAAAAGUUUUCAACAUAGAAUAUUAAUCACUUUAUUUUUGCUACCGCAUUUUAAAAAUGAAAAAAAUCCAUUGGUGCUUUUUACCUUGCUAAGCUAUAUACUGUAGUAGUAACUUUUGUCACCAACGAUUAUAGCAUUUAGUGUCAUCUUGCCAGUGAUUUGCUGUUUGCUGUUUUCAUGUGGUCCAUAACAGAGCUAAUUGAUCUAGUAACUGAUUUGCUCUACGUCUACUCAUAGUUUGGGCCUAGCUGCUGAAACCUCUCCCCUGAGAUGUUUGUGUGUCUGUGUGAUUGUGUCUUUUUGUCCAAGUAUUCCAUGCCUCCACCUUGUAUGCAGUAUGUAAGCAUACUGACUUUUUACCUCGUAGAAUCAUUCCAUGCAUGUGCAUAUGUGAAUUCUUAACAUUCAUCUCGACCAUAAUAAUCUCCUCACCUUGGACUAUGAAAUGGAUCGUCUUGGCCUCAAAGAAAUAGAACAGGUCUAAACCUACAGAAUAUAUAAAUCAAUAUACAGUUCUCCUUAUGAGGCAAUCCUUUUUUUUUUAUACCCAUGGCAUAAAAAUGCAGAUUUUUUGAUGCAGGUGAUCAAAUAACCUUCCCACAUAAUCUGUUAAUCGGUUUAGACAAUAUCUUGCUUUAUAAUCUCCACAAAUUCUAUGUCCUUUUAAUUGCUACAGUGUUUUGUUUUUCUGAUGGUAGGAAAGUUGCCUACCUUUGUAAAUAAGUAUAUAUAAAUAUAUAAAAUAUAUAUAAAUGUUAAUACAUAAUUAGAAGGUACAUAGAUAACCCACAGAUGCAUCCCUGCAAUUUAUAGGUAGUCUUGGAGCCUUAAUUGCUACUUCUCAUAACAUAUCAAAUAGAACAGCCCAGUGAAAGUUUCUCUGAUUUCACCAGACUAAGUAUAUGGAUCCUUUUGCAAUACCAGGUUUCCACCUCCAGGUGACAUUUAAAGUAUAAUUUCUUUCAAUAGUCUACAGAACCAAGUAUAUCAAGUCUAACUCCCAGUAUCUGCAUGUGGACAUUUCCCUUUAACCUUUGUUAUAUGUUUUGUCAGUCACUACAAUCUAUAUUUGAGAGUUUUUAUUUUUUAUCUAUCAGUUCUUCUCUGCAUCAGUCAGUUGUCAAAGGAAUUCAAAAGAUGUCACCCAUAUUUUAUUUUUUAUAGCUUUUUUGUAUUAUUGUUUUUAAUUGCUUUUUUUUUCUGGCGUGCAGUCCUCGCUGGUGCUGAUUCUUCUUUUUGCGUAGUACAUUACUAGUUAACAGUAAGCCCAUGUGUGAGAGUGUGUGUAACUAUAAAUGGAUGUAUUGCUAAAGCUUUAUGCAUUCUGUAUCAUAUUAGACUUACAUAUUUUCUAUUUGUGUAUUUUAUAAACUGUAUCAUUCCCUCAGAGAGUCCUGGAAUAAAAGGUUGAGCCAUGGGUUCAUUUCCAUUCCUUUGUUUUAAAUAUG